AUGUGCUUAGUUACUGCAUCAUAUUUCCAAAUUUUAGACGUACCUGUGAAUUGUACCACGCUAGAUAUCAAGGCAGCUUAUAAAGAAAAAUUAUUAAAGUAUCAUCCUGAUAAAAAUAAGAAUGCAACAAAUGUAGGGCCAUAUUCAAUUCAGCAAAUAAAAGAGGCUUACGAAGUUUUAUCUAAUCCCGAUUUGAGAGACAAAUACCAAAAAGAGCUAAUAAACACUUCCAAGAAAAUUGGUUUUUCAAACACAGGUGAUGGUUUGGAUGAGUUUUCCUUGGAUGAUUUUAUACUCGAAGAGAAUGCUAAUGAUGAUGAAUUUAGUUGGUAUAUGGAUUGUCCAAGAUGUAAUAGUAAAAAUGGAUUUUAUUUGACUGAAAAAAUCCUCGAAUCCCAAGGAGAAGAUAUUUCUUUGGAUUUUAAUAGUCAAAUGUAUCAAAUAAUUGUCCAAUGUUCAAUGUGUAGUUUAUGGAUAAAGGUGAAUUAUGCACAGCAACAAGAGGAAUAA